GUCUCUUUUGUUUCUAUAUUCACACUCUGGCUGGUCUAGUCUACCUAAGCAUACUGGAUUCUGCCAGACGGCAGGAGCUGCCAGUCGUAGUGAUAAGCCUGAUGGACCUGAAUGCCUUUUUCAGACGGCCGGUUUUCACAUCGCUUUACUGUCUGACAAACCGGAUAUGGCGCAAUAGGAGGAUCAGAUCUUACAAAUCGAAACUGCUUUGCUUUAUAUACUAUUUGGCCUAAUUCCCUCUGCUUUCCCGAGGUUCCCCUUGGCUUCUCUCUCUGCUACCCGGCGUAGAAUCCGAAAGUGUAAUGGGUCUACUCUAUCUUGGGACGCCCUUAACAUGGGAUGAAGCAAAAAAGUAUGCCGAUCAUGUUAGAUAUCACGGAAUCACACAGUUCCUUCAUACGUGGGAUCGUCUGAAGGACCGACAUGGAGAUGAGCUUCUCUGGGGUGAUGAGGUUGAAUAUAUGGUAGUUUCAUUCGACGACGAAGCCAAGAACGCAAAACUGUCUUUACGUCAAACCGAGAUUUUGGAGAAACUAGCCUCUAUUGUCGAUGAUAUCUGCUCGGACUGCGAUAACGCCGUUCCAGUGCCGACUUUCCAUCCAGAAUAUGGUCGAUACAUGCUGGAAUCUACCCCUGGUUCGCCUUACACAGGCUCAAUUUCGGAUCUGCUUUCUGUGGAAGGCAAUAUGCGCUACAGGCGGAGCCUGGCCCGUCAACACCUGAAGCCAAACGAGAUUCCGUUAACAUUCACCUCAUUCCCUCGACUAGGCGUUCCAGGACAAUUUACAGAGCCUUAUUUUGAUCCUUCAGACGCGGUUUCCAGUCAUAGCCUUUUUCUGCCGGAGGAGAUCACCAAUCCCCACGCCCGCUUCCCCACUCUUACCGCCAAUAUCCGACGUAGGCGAGGAUCCAAAGUCGCCAUAAAUCUACCUAUCUUUUUCGACGAACACACACCGCGACCAUUCAUUGACCCAACAAUCCCGUGGGAUCGUUCAAUCUACCCCGAAGACCCUGAAGCAAAAAAUGGCGCCGCACUUCCUGAUCAUGUUUACCUGGAUGCGAUGGGUUUUGGAAUGGGAUGCUCUUGUCUUCAAUUAACGUUUCAAGCUUGUAAUGUCAACGAGGCAAGACGCAUGUACGACGCGUUGAUUCCUAUUGGUCCAAUUUUGUUGGCACUCACCGCUGCGAGUCCACUCUGGCGUGGCUAUAUUACUGAUGUAGACUGUCGCUGGAAUGUCAUUGCCGGAAGCGUUGACGAUCGCACAGAGGAAGAAAGGGGUUCGAAGCCUCUGAAGAAUGAUCGUUACAAAAUUCCGAAGUCAAGAUACGACAGUGUCGACCUAUAUAUAUCCACAGAUUGGGCUAACCGUCCGGAAUACAACGACACAUACGUACCAUAUGACAAGGAUAUAUUUGAUCGCUUGAUGCAACAUGGCAUUGAUGACCUCUUAUCGAAGCAUAUAGCGCAUCUGUUUAUCCGUGACCCUCUGGUCGUCUUCUCCGAAACAAUCGAUCAGGAUGAUGAGACCAGCAGCGACCAUUUUGAGAACAUCCAAUCUACAAACUGGCAGACACUGCGAUUCAAACCACCGCCGCCGAAUUCUUCAAUAGGUUGGCGAGUAGAGUUUCGAAGUAUGGAGGUUCAGAUGACCGACUUCGAAAAUGCUGCGUUCGCGGUGUUCGUUGUUCUUCUUUCUAGGGCCAUUUUGAGCUUCAACCUCAAUUUCUAUACACCCAUAUCAAAGGUGGACGAGAAUAUGUCAAGGGCUCAACGAAGGGAUGCUGUUAGAUCUGAAAAGUUCUUCUUCCGCAAAAACCUUUACCGUGAAGGCACCAGUGGCUACUCCUCGAGUAACGCAUCUUCCGGAUCUUGCACGCCAUGCGACGGAGUGCCUCGCACCAAGGACAAGAAAAUGCGAAACUGUUUCCCUUCAGCCCCUUUGCCCGAGAAUGGGGUUCACCGUGAGCCAGUGCAAGACGAAUACCGUGAGAUGAAUAUGAAUGAAAUUAUGAAUGGCGAUGGCGAAACAUUCCCAGGGUUGCUUGGCGUCAUUUCCGACUACGUGGAUACUCUGGAAGUCGACGAAAAUGCUUUGGCUAAGAUUAACCGAUACCUCGAUCUAGUUCGAAAACGAUCAAACGGAUCGUAUGUCACGCCUGCGACGUGGAUGCGAAACUUUGUUCGACAACAUCCAGACUACAAGCACGACUCCGUUGUGAGCAAGGAGAUCAACUAUGAUCUCAUGAAAGCCGUGGAUGAGAUUGAGCGAGGCGUCAGGCGCGCACCGGAACUUUUACCGGACGACUACACAGGUGGUGCUAAGGAUCAUGGAACGAUUGGUCUAUAGAUGCGUUAACCUAUUUCCAGUAACUUUAUAUUCUUUGGCAAAUAAAAUAAAUACAAUAUUACAUAACUACUACUU